GGAAGUAACACACUGUCUAGAGUAUAACCCUCAAAGAUUGACUCUUUUCUGUGUUCAUAACAGAGAGACUUUCUUCAUCGUCGUCUUCAUACAAACACUUGUUCCGAUCCAGAUUUCACAGGACUCUCUCUCUCUCCCUCACUUUUCACCCCGGAGAAAAAGUCACUGUAAAAAUGAUGGGCGGUGGUGGUAACGGCGGAGACGCAGAACGGUGGUUAGCUACGGCGGAGAAGCUACUUUUAACCGGAGACCUAAACGGUUCAAAGACCUACGCCAUCCGCGCAUGCGAAGCCGAUCACUCCCUCGUAGACCACGCCGAGCUAAUCCUCGCCGUCGCCGAUACUCUAAUCGCCGGAGAAUCUCGAAUCCGUGGAAGCACCGCCGAUCUCCCCGACUGGUACGCCGUUCUCCGCCUCGUCCGUCUCACUCACAACCCCGAGCUCGUCGCCACUCAGUACAGCAGGCUCGCCGUAUUGCUCAACCCGAGCCGGAAUCGGUUUCCCUACUCUGACCAAGCCUUCAGGCUCAUCUCCGACGCCUGGUACGUCCUCUCCGAUCCUUCUAGAAAGGCAUUGUACGAUAGGGAGCUGCAUCUGAGUCAGUUUGGGCAACUCGGUCAAUUAGGGUUUCAGCUUUUCAAUCAGCCGCCGCCACAGUCUCCGUCUCCUCAGCAUCAGCAAGAGUCUCCUCAGCAUCAUCAACAGAGCCAGCAAUUACCGUUUCAGCUUCAUCAACAGACUCAGCAACAUCCACAUUUUGCUCAGCCUCCGCAACAAAAAUCGCAAUUUGAUCAGCAAUUGAUGCAAUCACAGGAGCAACAACAAGUUUCUUGGCGUCAACAGUUUGGUCAAGAGCAGCAGAGUGGCUCUAGUACCAGUGGUAGAGAUUGGAAACUUCCUGUGGAGGAAGAGAGAUUGAUAAAUCUGAACAAUGCAACGGAAAGAGUACAGCCUAGUCGUCGUUUUCAUGAGCCAGAUCGGUCGUCUAGUGGUAGAUCAUCGUUUGAGGCAUCAUCUCACAGGACUCCUUCAACUGAUCUGACAUGGCCGUCUAAGCCUACUCAAACCUCUGAGCAUGUACCUUGGCAAUCUUCCGAGCCGGCUAGGCAGUUUCAGCAAUCUAGGUCCAUGGAAGCUGCUCAACUCUCGCUGCUACCUUCGGUUUCUGACCAACCUUCUUUGUCUCAGCAAAGUCGCUCCACUCAGUCACAUGCAGUCUCUAAACCACAGCCCCUCUCUAAGCCAUUCUCGGUGUCUCAGCCAACACCGACUGCUAAGCCAUUCCCGGUAUCUCAGCCACCACCGGCCUCUUCUAAGCCAUUGCCAGUGUUUCAGCCACCUAAAAACUCUAAGCCAUUCCCGGUGUCUCAACCAUCAUCGACAUCUAAACCAUUCCUGGUAUCUCAGACACCACCGGCUUCUAAGCCAUUGCCGGUAUCUCAGCCACCUAUAACCUCUAAGCCAUUGCCGGUAUCUCAGCCACCUAUAACCUCUAAGCCAUUCCCGGUAUCUCAUCAACCUAUAACCUCUAAGCCAUUGCCGGUGUCUCAGCCACCACCGGCCUCUAACCCAUUUCCGGUAUCUCAGCCAUCUAUAGCCUCUAAGCCAUUGCCUGUGUCUCAGCCACCUAUAACCUCUAAGCCAUUGCCGGUGUCUCAGCCACCACCGACAUCUAAGCCAUUGUCAGUAUCUCAGCCACCCACAACUUCUAAGCCAUUGCCGAUAUCUCAGCCGCCACCGACAACUUCUAACCCAUUUCCGGUGUCUCAGCCACCACAACAGGCAUUUCAAUCAACCGCUCCAUCUCAGCCACCUGAAGCUUCUAGUUCUCACUCUUCAAUGCCUCCUGUCUUCAGUUCAACUCAACCAUUCCAGCCACCUCCGGUCUCUACUACUACUUCCUCUCAGGUGCCUGUGGUCUCUACUAAUCCAUCUCCGCCUCCGCCAGUGUCGCAGCCAAGUUGGGUCCCUGACCAAACUCCAGCUACUGAACAGAGUCCAGAGAAUGGAACUGCAAGAUCUGAUUCUGACCCAAAGGUUCCGAGUUUCUGGACGACUUGUCCAUACUGCUUCGUGCUAUACGAAUAUCCCAACCAUUACGAGGAGAGCGUGCUCCAAUGCCAAACUAAGAGCUGCAGGAGAGCUUUCCAGGUGGUGAAGGUUCCUUCGCCACCUCAAAUUGCUGAAGAAGAUAGUUACUAUUGCUGUUGGGGUUUCUAUCCAAUCGGAUUCGCUGAGAUUACUAAAUCCCCAGUUAAUGAUUUACCCAAAUCAGCACCAAGAGCAUUCCCAGAGGUGACUAAGAUUCCAUUCACCUAUAUACCCAAUUCAGCACCCAGAAAACCAUCUCCAAAGGUACAUUUUUAUGACGACGAGGAAGAUGAUGAUGAUGAUGAUGAUGAUAAUUCAUACAUAGAUUCUGAUAGUAGUGAAGACGAGGAUGAUGGAGACGAUGACUGGCUGAUGAAUGGAACAAAAAAGAGAAAGAAUGUGAAGCAAAGUAAGCAGAAAGCACCGACAAAACCGAAACUUGGAAGACCUCGAAAAGUAAUCGAGGUUGAUUGAGUAAAAUCCGGUAGGAAACAGAAGAGGAUGAAAAAGUAUGGCUUUUCCCUCUCGGUUUCUUCAUUUCUGGCUCUGUUGUUGUAGUUUUAGUUGUAGUAGUGUUCGUUAGUGUAAGUUUAGUUUUUUCCAAAUGUUCUCUAGGUAGCGGUUGGAUCGGUCUAAGAGAUUUGGGGCUAAGUGUAAAAGCAAUGGUGGUAGUUUUUAAUGAUUUUUGGGUGAUUCUCUUUUGGAUUAAUGUAUUGGUGGAUUACUCAAGUAUCCCGCAAACCAAUGUUUAUUAAUAGUUUGACACACUUUGAUUGUUUAUGCUAAAUUAAUCUUGUAUACCGA